UAUCCUUGCAGUAUGUCCAGCUUGCUCCCUUCAAUCGAGGCCUUCGCGAAAGGAACAGCUGCGACCGCAGCAGGCUUAGGGACCGUCGGUUUUGGACUGCUAUUCUUUGGCCAGAACUACCUCAUUUAUCCCUCGUCAUAUCCUCCGGGAUCGCGGACAGAGGUACCUGUACCGACGGACUUUGGCUUGCCAUACCGUGACCUUCCAUUGCAAACACCAGAUGGCGUGAAGCUAGCGUGCUUCUUGCUCACUCAGCGGAAAGAGCUGCCAAACAUUGGUUCCAUGCCUAUCGAGAGUCCGGAGGAGGAAUCAAAUGAAGAGUUCGCCGCAAGGCGUCCAACAAUCCUCAUGUUCCAUGGGAAUGGAGGAAACGUCGGCCACCGGAUACCGCUCGCCAAGGUGUUCUUCGUGCGCAUGCGCUGUAAUGUACUCAUGGUCUCCUAUCGCGGCUACGGCCUGUCUGAGGGUAACCCUUCUGAGAAAGGUAUCCGCAUAGACGCCCAAUGCGCGCUCGAUCAUGUUCUAUCGCACCCUUUCCUAUCGAAAACCCCAAUCAUACUGUAUGGCCAGUCAAUUGGCGGAGCUGUCGCAAUUGACCUCGCAAGUCGUAAUCCGCAUGCGAUCCGCGCCUUGGUCCUCGAAAACACAUUUCUCUCCCUGCCGCGCCUAGUGCCAACCGCGCUGCCCGUGCUGGGCCCCUUCGCGUUCCUAUGCCAUCAGAAGUGGGACUCGGCGUCCAAGGUCCCCCUCAUCCCUGCGGAGACGCCGAUGCUCCUCCUCAGCGGCGUCCGGGACGAAGUCGUACCUCGCGAGCACAUGCAGGGCCUCUGGGAACUCGUCCAGAAGCGCAUCCCUGGCGGCCAGAAGGCGGCGGCCCCUACCUCGGUUCCUUACUUCGCCCCGGAGCGGGAGGAGAACACGGACAAGGACAUCAGCAAGGACGAGAGCGUGCAGAACCCCGCAGCGUCGGGGCACUCGCGAUUCGUUGAGUUUCAGAGAGGGACGCACAAUGAUACGUGCGUGCAGCACGGGUACUGGAGCGCCAUCCUGGACUUCAUCUCGUCGCUCAAGGAUGUCCCUCCGCUAUCGUAGGCCUGAGUGGACUGCCGAUGGACGGAUUCAAGGUUAUCGCGGCGAUGACAAUUUGGAUUAUUUCGAUGAACGGAAUUAGGGUGUCGCGUGCCUAUCGGUGUUGUCCUGUCCCAUUCUUCUUAGUUCGCCUUUGACUCCAUCGCCUCCCAUGCCUUCGUAUGCAUGUCGUCUGUAUUUGUACGUAGCUCUGAUACUACACGUUCACCUCAUUUGUUCGGGCCCGGAUCCAGUCCGUC